ACCCCAAUCGGCCAACCCUAGAAUCGCUCGUUGCUUGUCCCUCCUCCCGUGUGCGGCGCCGCCGCUGCGCACAGGACAGCGAGCGCUUCCACCCCAUCUCCUCGCCCUCGUCCACUUCUCCGGCCAAGCCGCUCACUUCUCCUCGCCCUCGUCUACUUCUCCGGCCAAGCCGCUCACUUCCACCACUUCUCCUCGCCCUCGUCCACUCCUCUCGACCUCACGAGUCCUCACCAGAUCUGAAGCUCGUAGGCAGCAGGGCUCCCUAGACUGCAGCAUGGUGCUCGGCGGCUGCGGCAACGGAGCUGAUGGAGCACGAUCCGACCAGUUCAACGGAGGCAGUAGCACGGGGCAGCGGCAGCAGCAUGGAGGGCCUCCGCUUGACUGGGAAGGUACAGAUGUUGAAAUGAUGCUUGUGUGCAACAUUAAAGUUUUUUCUCCAGAACAGAUUAGUUUCAACAAAAAAGUCUAGUAAUGUUUGGUGGAAUGCACUAGAGUGGGUACUAGGUUCGUUAAGGCCACUUUAUAAGGCCAUGAGGUAUGCUGAUACGCAGAAACAAUGCACUCUUUCUGGCUUAAAAAAAAGUAUGAUGCUCGCUAUACAACGGAUGGAAGCACAUCUAGGCCCUACAUCAAGGUUGUACCUUAGUUUCAUGCGCAAGGUGGGCAAGAGGAUAGAUGCAAUGGAAGAAGAUACGUUUAUGGUUGCAGCUGCCGUCCUUGAUCCAUAUACACAUUACAGCCUCAACCUUUGCAACCAUACAAAUUAUGCUACUGCACUAACAGAUGCGAUAGCGAAGAUAUUAGAUCCAAAGAGUGCUCUUUCAGCCAUUGAUGAAGUUAGUAAGUUUAGGGAGUGCCAAGGAAGGUUUGGGACCAGAUUAGCACAAGAAGCUGCGGCGAGAAUGGAGCCAACCCAAUGGUAGUUUCAAUUUGGAGGGGAUGUUCCUGCAUUGCAGAAGUGUGCAAUGAGAAUUUGCUCACAAUGUGUCUCAUCUAGUGGGUGUGAGAGGAACUGGAGCGCCUUUGCUUUGGUGCACACAAAGCAAAGAAAUCGCCUUUUAUAUGACAAGCUCCACAAGCUAGUUUCUGUCCGCUACAACCUAAAGAUACGUGCUGAAGAAGAUCAAGAGAAAGAGAGAGAUAUAGAUAAAGAGGUUGAUCCAAGUGCAUUGCUGAUAGAUACAACAAUGUUCGAUGAGACAAAUCCAAUAAUGGAGUGGCUGAAUGAGGAUGAAGAGGAUCCAGUUUUGGAUGGAGCCGAUGCGGCCAGUGCUGUUUUUGAGAAAAUAAGGCGCCUCAACUCAAGCAGGAAGGAUUCUUAUGUUGGUACAAAGGCUAAUAAGAAGAAAAGAAAGAGGAAUCAUGAUGAGGAGAAUGAGUAUGUUGAAACUGACAGUGAGGAUGACGACAACGAUAAUGAAUAUGUUGAUAAUGAGAGUGAGGAUGAUGAUGGGGUGAGUGAGGAUGAUGAGGAUGAUCAACAAGAUCAGCAAGAAACACAAAUGCAAGUGGAAGAAGAGACACAAGUACAAGUUGAAAAGGAGACACAAGCAAGCAUUGGCAAUUUGGAGACUCGUAGAUCUGGACGACUAGUUAGGAAGAAGACCAAGGAAAUCAACAGCCUCUACUCGUAGAUUUGCUGGAGCUUGGAGCUAGCUGGAGCUUGGAGAAUGAUGCUAGUUGGAGGCUUGGAGCAUGGAAGCUGGAGCUAGUGAUGAUUUCUUUUGGAGUUGUUGUUCGUUGUGAUGCUUUGAUGGUUGUCUUUUGCUGUUCGGUGUGAUGCUUUGAUGGCUGUCUUUUGGAGAUGUUUCUACGUGAAGUCCUUUAAAUUCCUAGAGUUGGUUGUACUGAAGUAUUUAAACUUUGAACUAUGAUGUGAUGGUUGUGGACUGUAAGUUUAGAACUAAUGUGAUGGUUGUGGACUGUAAGUUUAUAUUGGACUGACGCUCUUAUUUUAAUCCCUAGAGCUAAUUUGCUAAACAUUAUAUGAUUACUCCUGAUGGCUGUUGGGCUGCUA